UAUGUAAAAAAAUGACUUCUCAUACGCCAUUUUAAUUUCGUGUGUCAAAUAUGAUGUCAAAAGUACUAUUUUAGUCCUUAUUUUAAAGAUGAACCGUAAAUUUGACAUGGCAGCUGACCCCAUAGAGUUAAAAUGACGCGUACGGACUAUAAAUAAACUUGAUUUUUAUAUUAUGACACAAAAAAUGUCAAUCAAACAAAGCCAAAACAAGUUUAUAGAUUUACAAGAUAUACAAAAAUAUCAUACAAUAGUUUACUUUUAGAUGAUUUUAUUGUACAAACUCAAAUUAUAAUCAUGUUUUGCCCUCACAAGAAUUCAUAUCUGCAGCUAAUUUGCGCUGUAAACCCGCGCGUUAUAAAUAAGGCUGUUGAUAGAGCUAUGGAGAAGAAACACUUUGACCCUCGCACAGAAACCCCAGCAGCUCAAAUGUUAGAAUCAAUGCAACCGUCCCUUUACGCUCCCUGGGUGGACAUAACACGAGCUCGGCUGGGCUUCGGACGGGUAGGGCUGAGGCUUAUAAACAGAGACCUCCAUUCACCCGACCAUCUCGUGCAGUUGCAAGCUUUGCAUAGCAUCUGGGACCAGGUGCAAAUAUCAGAAAAUGCUAUGUUCCUGAUCAACCUUCACGUAGGCUAUCGUCUCGUAGAUUUGAUGCUUGCCAGAGACCCAGUAAUACGCGAGAAAGUAUGUCUCAUACUCACCAUCCUCGCUACGUACCACCAAGGAAGACAACAGAUCAUGUCAAGGAUCAAAAUUAUUGACAAUCUUAUGUGGCUUAUCAUGAGGGAUCGAAAGGAAAUAAGAUAUGCUGCUGCUAAUACUUUGAAGACUUUAUCAAGAGAUCGAUGCGCUAGUGAAAUAUUGCUGAAGUGCGAAAAGAUAAUUGAGAACUUGUUGAAAAUGAUCAAGAACGAUUACACGGGUAUCGUGCUAUUGCAUUUAAAAACUUUUGAAAAUUUAACAGAAUGGGAUCCAGAGGGACCGUUAAAAGCCAACGCUUUUCAAAUCAUGCUGGAGCUUUUUUCUAAUGAGGAUCCGAGAAUAGUUUGCGGUGCAAUGGAUUGUAUGACACAGUUAUUUAAACACCCUAUAGGAAAGCAAUUAGCAGAUAUUUACGACUUAACAUUUAGAUUACGAUCUUUCAUAGUAUCCCCUUCAAUAGAGGUAAGGAUCAGUGCAGUUGGUUUAAUGGAAUUCACAACUUUGACUACGCGGUCGAAAUGGCGGGCCAAAGAAUGCUGUGAAGAACUUACCAAGCGUUUGGUUAAUUUGUGCUAUUCUACAACUAAACCAAUGCUACAAUUACGAUGUAUGCAGGUUCUAAUAAACUUAUGCGACUGUCCAGACAUAAGACACCACAUGAAAAGACAUUGGGAAAAGAAAGUAAAGGCUAUAACUAUAAGAAAUCACGAGCAAUGGGACGGAACAACGGAAACGACGAGCUAUGGUCUUGAAACUGGUCACAACUAUAGAACUAUGUGUAUAGAAGGCGUUGAAACUAUUAAAAAUGAUUACGGUGAUAAUGCUGAUGUGAUCAACGUGCAUAGUUACUUGAGAAAAAUCCACGAAGUCAAGGCACGUUUGUUGUACGCUAUCAAUUGGAAGUCUUUCAAAGAUUAGGACGAGAUAGAUAACAGCGCAUCUAAUUUUCCAUACUAAUAUUAUAAAUGCGAAAGUGUCUGUCUGUCUGCUAACUUUUCACGGCCCGUCUGUUCAACCGAUUUUAACGAAAUUUGGUACAGGAAUUACACCCCGGGGUAUGACAUAGGUUACUAUUUAUCCCGGAAAAUCAGAGUUCCCACGGGAAUUUAAAAAAAAACCUCAAUCCACGCGGGCAAAGCCGCGGGCGUCAUCUAGUCAAGGAGUGCAAUCUGAAUACGAGGCGUAUAUUAUACAGAAUAUAUAUUAUAUAUUAUAUUAUACGGCAAAUUGUACAGAAACAAAUUUCAGUAAAUUAUUAUAGUCCUGCGCAAAUCGUCAUGUUGCAACUUCAGAUUGGACUGCUUGAUUUGCGAUCAGUGUAAUUCGGUUGUACACCAUCUGUUAACUAAAUUGACACGUAAAAGGUAUUGUGUUAUUUCUAUCUUAAUGCUCCCUGUGGAAAAGGAUAGCACUAGAUUUAGAUCUGUCAAUUUAGUUUAGAGAUUGUAUAUCAGUCAUAAUAAACUUUAAUUCUUGACCUAUUAAUUUUUUUUUUUUCAAAUUACUAGUAAAAUCCUUACUACCUAUUCGUUUUCUAUUCUGAUUAUAUGAGAUAGUAAAUAAAACGAAUAAAAUAAAAGUUUGAGCAUUUAUUGAUAAAGUGAAUCUAUGAAACAAUAUUUUGAGUAACAUUUGGUAUUUUAAUACAUUACAUUUUUGUGCCUUUGUUGGCAAACUUAGAGCUACCUACGUAAUAAGUAUAAGCUACAAAUUCAGUCCUUUAGAUUACACGUUAUCGCAAGGGUAACUAACUAUCAUUUGCCUACUAUUAUUUCAUACACAUUAAGGUGCCCACGCACUUGAACUGAACUGCAGCUGAACUGCGCGUCGCGGCAGCGCCCCGCACGAUAUUCUCUCCAGACGCGACGCGCGGCAGUGACGCGCUACGCGAUACGCCCGUCGCGGCUGGAGAGAAUAUCGUUCAGUUCAAGUGCGUGGGCAUCUUAAGUCUCUCUAAAAAAUCCCAACCGGGAUUUUCGCAAUUUUAUUUGAAGCAUAUUAUUUUGAAACGAAGCUUCUUAAUUAAUCACAAAAACUGAAACAAACAAACGGCUAUGAAACUACCUUAUUUGGGCACAGAAUAUUGUUGUCAAUAAUAAGUGAGCGAGACAAGAGAUCGCUAGCUGCCUGUUUCAUUGUCUAACUCUGUCGUUUGUCCAUAUAAUAUGAUACAUGUGAGUGAGCGAGAUGAAUAUUUCAACAUACACCACUAAUUUUUAAUUAGAUGCUUACCAUUUAAAAUAAUCAAAUUUGAUGCUUAAUUACUUUUGUGCAGUUUCAAAAAAAAUUAAUCCAAAAACUUCUUAUAUAAAAAAUUGGUCAAAAUAGUAUUGCUAGCGUUUAUGUGACGCGCGGCAACGCUAUGACAUUUCGUUAUCCUAAGCGUAAAACUUGUGUGUGUGUGAACAUUUAUUCAUAUUUUCAUAAAACAUACUUUAAUAACUUUGUUAGAUCUUUCCUGUAUUCGCCCUUAAAUUUUCAAUGGUUUUUUAAAAAAUGUAUUUAUAGACUAGCGCUUGAGUGCAAUAAUUAGACCUACUGACAAGUUAUGAUGCAGUCUAAGAUGGAGCGCGCUUCCCUAGAAGAUGCUUAUUCACUUUUGACUUAAAGGUACCCACAUUAAAAGAAGAGGGGAAAAUUGAUGCCAGAAGGGCGGUCCAUAUCCUAGCGGUUCGGAUUAGAAACAUGGUAAUUAAAAAAAAUUAUCAAAUCGGUCUAGGGGUCUUUGAGUAAUCGGGGAACAUACAUUUAAAAAAAAGGUUCCGACGAAUUGAGAACCUCCUCCUUAUUUGGAAGUCGGUUAAAAAGUAGUGGUGUACAAUAGUAAGAAGCUUCGUUUCUGUCGAGAGUCACGACUUUUUUUCUCUUAAUACAUUUUAUAUAAUACUCAUACGUUUUUCAAAUUAGCUGCGUUAAAAUCAGCACUAGAAUUUUUUACUAUGUCUAAGUACAUCAUUUAAAUACAAAAUACACAAAGUAAGUACACAUAUUAUACCUAGUUUUAUAGGAAUGCAAUAAUAUGGCACUAAUCAUCGGCUACAAUUUAGUUUUCAUUUAAUUAACUAUUACAAAAUUAAGUAUUGUCAAUACAAUACAAAUCAAAUUAAAUCUACGCGUAUAAAAGCUACCUAUAUACAGCAUUUUUUUUAAUUCAGUAUUCUUUGGAAUAUUGUAAGUAAUUUUUCUAA